AGCGAGGGAGCGAGAGGCGAAGCAAGCGCGCGCGUGCGGAGGAGUCUCCCGCGAGGCUCGGCGAAGCCCAGCGUAGCAGGCGGCUGCCGGCGGGGUCCGGCCGCGGGGCAUGGAGAGCCUGCUGGAGAAUCCGGUGCGCGCCGUGCUCUACCUGAAAGAGCUCACCGCCAUCGUCCAGAACCAGCAGAGCCUCAUCCACACCCAGCGCCAGCGCAUCGACGAGCUAGAGAAGCGCCUGGACGAGCUCAGCACCGAGAACCGCAGCCUCCGGGAGCACUACGCGCUCCCGGCGGAAGCCCCGGCGCCGCCGCCGCUGCAGCCGAGGGUUCCCCCUGCUGCCUCCUUGCCUUGCCGAGCUCCGCCUCAGGGCCAGCAGCAGCCGGCGGCGGCUGAGCAGGAGGAGUUUCAGCACCACCAACAGCUCCCGGCGCUCCAGCAGCCGCCGCCGCGGCACCCGCCGCCGCCGCCUCCCAGCAGUAGCAAACAGGCUCAGGCCGGCCCCAGCGGCACCCGGACGCCGAUCUCACACCAGCACCCUUCCCUCCAGCACCACCAGCACCACCACGAGGACAGCCGGGAAAAGAGCUGUUGCCCUGCCCUCCUUCCGCACAAAAGCCCCCCAACCCUUGGCAAAGGCGGCUUAGUCAGAAGGCUAGAGAAUGAGACUGUUUUACACCAAUUCUGCUGCCCGGCUGCAGAUGCAGAGCAAAAGCCUUCCUCUGCAGAGUCUUCUUCAAG